AUGUUGCUCCCUUCCGUCUUUACCUUGUUUCAGCUCUCCACAGCUUUACCAAGACUACAGCCACGGGUCUCGCAAUACCUGGUUGUUCUCGAUACUGGCGUGGGGCAUCGCAGCACGCCUAUCCCUAGAUGGCCGACUUCUCUUCGCCGUAUCAACACUGACGGUUCCAACGCGGCUAACCUUACACAAUUCGGCGUAGUUGUGUCUGAUCCCAACACACUCGAACAACCGAUACUUGCCUAUGCCCUCACAUACUCGCCGUCAACUUCCUCCCUCUUCUCCGCCACAGGUCGGGGCGUAGUGCGAACCAACAUAGAAGGUGGGAACCUAGAGUACAUCUUGAACAAAGAGAGCGACCCAUCGAGUCAGGUUGUCAGCAUCACAGCAGCUGAGCAAUCUCAGAAGCUUUACUACGGCGAUUCCAACACAGGCCUAAUCUACUCCUCAAACUACAAUGGCAGUAACGUUGCCGUGUUCCGUAACGUAUCUCAAGGCCUCACCUUUCUCUCUGAGGACUACAGCUAUGCCAAUACACACGCCGGUGGCAUUGUUGUUGACGAAGCACGGGGCUGGCUCUACUGGAGCUCAGUAAGUGACGGAAGCAUCCGGCGCGUCCUUCUCAGCGGUGAGGGGCAGGAGCAAGUUAUAGUUACUGGACUCGACAAACCAGGACAGCUACGCAUCGCCGGUACCUCCUUGUACUUUGCCGAGCGUGGCUCAUGGAGCUCCUCGCCCACAGCUAUCAAGUACCUUGGCCGCAUGAUUGAUGAACUUCCUGCAUCGCCAACGUCCCCUAACCUAGCCGUACCAACGCGUACUCUCAUUUCCUCUACGCAGUCGUCGCUAUUUACCGAAAUCGACUAUACGGGCGAGAAGCAGACGCUGGGAAUUGAGAGCUUUGUUGUCUACAGGAAUGGUGUGGAACAGAUUGUGUACUUUGCUGUUAAUAGUGCGGGUAGGACGUCGUUCGGUAAGAUAGUAGAGACAGUGUGGAGAGGGAGUGGGGAUAGUAGAGGCCCCGUCUUUAAAGUCUUGAAUGCAGAGACAAAAGACGUUGGAAUACCCGUUGGUUUAGAGCAUAUUCUAUAG